UUUGUUACAUAGAGCAAGCCUGAUCUUCUCUUUCUUUCUCCUUUGCUGGCCAUCCUUCCUCUGAGACACACAGAAAAUUGAUGACUGCCAAAAAAAUUUUUUAAAUCAGCUUAAUAAAAUAUUUUUAAAAAGAAAAAGAAAAAAAGGAACUACAACAACUUGUGGAAGAAUGGGCCUCAGAAAUUCUAAACAGUCUAAAGCCAAACAAGUCCAGGUUCUAAUGCUUGGUCUUGAUUCAGCAGGGAAAUCUACGCUUUUGUACAAGCUAAAAUUUAAUGAUGUCUUCCUAACCUCGCCAACAAUCGGUUUCAACGUGGAGAUGAUUGAAACAAGAGAAAACGUUGCCAUAACCCUCUGGGAUGUUGGAGGCCAGCACAAAAUGAGGAGCAUUUGGGGUGACUAUUUGGAAAACAUACAUGGUCUGGUCUUUGUUGUGGACAGUACUGACAAACAGCGCUUGGAAGAGUCAAAGAAGGAACUGGAGCUUAUUUUAAGGAACGACAGGACAAAGAAUGUGCCUGUGGUUGUACUAGCAAACAAACAGGAUCUUGCUGGAGCUUUGGGUGCUGAGGAAAUAACCAGGAAACUCAACAUGAAGAAACAUUGCUAUGAUCGAAACUGGUAUGUACAGCCCUGUUGUGCAAUUACAGGGGAAGGCUUGUCAGAAGCUUUCAGGAAAGUGACAACUUUUGCAAAGUCCUACAUGAAAUCUAAACAAGAAGCUUUUGCUAUUUUCAAGCAAAAUUAACGUUGACUAAUCUGACCAAGGCAGUAGACUGAGCAGAGUUGUCCAGAAGAGAAAGUCAUCCUAUUAAUUGAAAUCUGAUACUUCAACAUAUUUUUCAGACUUUUAUAAGAGAGAACAUAUUUAUAAUAGUCCAGUUUAUUGUUUCUGCUCCUUUCAGAAAUACUAUUUUGCUGCACUUUAGCAAAUUUUUCCCCCCUGAUGAGGAUUAAUUGAGGAGUCACCAUGGCUCAUUCACUCCUAUUUCUUGAGUGAUCCAGGUGAUCUCAUGUCUUUUGUAAUCCUGUGUUUUCCAAGCAAUUCUCUGGAAUUUUUUUGUUAAGACAAAAAACCAGAAAAAUUUGUUAAGGAGCAAAUGAACAGAACAGUUGCGCAUUUUCUUUAAUGGUGUGGUCAUGAAAAUGCAGAAUGGAAACCGGGUGGGAGGCGUUGUCCCUGGGGAAAGUGGAUGACCUGUUGGAAGUACCACUCCUUCCCUAAUUGCUUGUCUUCUUCCAGAUCUUCAAAAUGGCAUUAGCAGCCACUUCAUUCAUUGUUGCUUUGGCCGCUUUACUCUGGAAUAUGUGUUUAGCACCAGUACUGAAAGCGUUUACUUAACUUUGUAGUUUGCUUUGGUGUUAUUGCUGUUUUGUUUAAAUGUACAUUAGUGGUAUUCCAGAACAGACUUGCACAAGGACUACAAAUAAAAAUUAAACAGUUUUAAGAUGUGUGAGACAGCUUUGCGAUGGUGGUGAUGGAAGGGAAGAGGGGGAAUGCAGGCUUUCUGUCUUUUUUUACAUAGCAACAGUGUGCCGCAGAAGGAGAGGGGGAACUGCAAACUGCUCAGUCCUUUAAAGAGGGAAAUGGUGCCAUCUCCUUCCUGUUCUUCAAAACAGCAGUUGCAGCUACUUAAUUAUUUGCUUUCUUUUCUGCUUUACUCCUGGAACAGAGUACUGAGAUCACAUGCUAUCUUUGUAGUUGUCCUUUUAAAAUUAAAUAUAAAUGUAUGUUAGUGGUGUUCCAGAAGAACAGGCUUGCACAAAGACAGUAAAAAUAAAUAAAUAAAUAAAUAAAUACUGUGUGAAUCAGCUUUGAGGGGUGGGGGCGCUGAGGUUUCCUUUUUACAAAGCAUGGAGAGGCGAAUCUGCUUAGUCUGCUGUCAGCUGCAAGCCAGUAGGACCUCUUUCUAGUAGCCAUAAUUGUUGGGAAACCGAGCACGAAGUUAGCAAACACAGGGAAGUAAGGCAUUGCAUAUUUAUCAAUUAAGGAAUUCCGAAAUACCACACUUCCUCUAUAUAUAAAGUGGGGUGCACAAGAAAGUUACGCUCACUAAUGUAGGGUGACCAUAUGAAAAGGUCAGGGCUCCUGUAUCUUUAACAGCUGUCUAGAAAAGGGAAUUUCAGCAGGUGUUAUUUGUAUGCAUGCAGCACCUGGUGAAAUUCCCUCUUCAUCACAACAGUUGAAGCUGCAGGAGCCCUGCCCUCUAUUGUAUCUGGCUCUGAGGGCAGGGCUCCUGCAACUUUAACUGUUAAUUUCAGCAGGUGCAAAAGCAGCCCUUUUCUAGACAACUGCUCCCCCCCUUUUUUAAAAAAAUCCUCAAAUCCCAGAAUUCCCUGUUUGGGUUGUUGUGCUCAUUGUGGAAAAGAUGGAGUCCAUGUAUAGCCAAACGGAAUUAGUCAGCACCAUGGCUGUUUUGAUCAAUUUACUUCUUUUUUUAUUUUUUUAUUUUCUACAAUA